AUGGUUAGUAUUGCGUCUUGGAAUAUUAGGGGUUUGAACCGGCCCAUUAAGCAAACUGAGGUUCGACAGGCUGUUAAGGAGUUUAACUUAAGUUUAUGUGCAAUUCUUGAAUCACACGUUGAGGUGAGUAAUCUUUCUAAAGUUUGCAAGGCUAUUUUUCGUUCUUGGCACUGGACGUCUAAUGGGGCUCAAUGCAAUAAAGGCACGAGAAUUAUUGUUGGGUGGAAUCCUAAUAUCUUUGAUGUUAUGGUGCUUUCGGAGUUUGAUCAAGUUAUGCACCUGCAACUGUUUUUUAAACAGGUGAAAAGAAUGGUAUUUUGUUCAAUUAUUUAUGCUGCGAAUUAUUAUGUCACUCGUAGGGAGCUUUGGAAUCACCUCUCAAUGCAUAAAAAUUUCGUUCGUAAUGAGCCUUGGGUUAUCUUAGGCGACUUUAAUUCUGCUUUGAAUCUUGAAGAUAAAUCUAUGGGGUGCUCUUCGGUUUCUACUAGUAUGAAAGAUUUUCAAGCUUGCGUUGAUGACAUUGAGAUGAAGCCAAAGAAGGGGAUUGGGUUAAUGAAAAAGAUUGAUAGAGUUAUGGGUAAUACUCAGUUCAUAACCAGUUUUCCGAGUGCUGUGGCGAUGUUCUACCCGUCCCGGUUAUCGGACCACUAUCCGUGUGUUCUCAAGUUUCCGGAAGUUAGCAAAGCUAAACAUCGGUCUUUCAAAUUUGCUAAUUUUCUGGUACAUAAACCUGAAUUCAUGGGGAUUGUCAAGCGGGUGUGGGAUACGCGUAUUAGUGGUGUGUAUCAGUUUUCUGUCAUUAAGAAACUUCGGCUGCUUAAGUCUCCAUUACGAGGAUUGCUUUUUCAGCAAGGGAAUUUGCAUAAGAAGGUUCAACUCUUGCGUAAUAGACUCGAUGGGAUUCAGCGUGAUCUUGAUAAGGAUCUGAAUAGUGACAUGCUUCGGGUUGAGGAAACUAAUAUCCGUCGUGAUUAUCAGGAGGCCUUACUAGAUGAGGAGCGGUUUUUGAAGCAAAAGUCCAAGGUGGAUUGGUUAGCGGCUGGUGAUAUGAAUUCGGCCUUCUUUCACUCAUCGCUAAAGAACAAAAUUCAUUGA